AUGGCAUUACGAUUACUGAGACGCUCAUAUCGAGGUGCGCUCCCAUUGCUUUUGCAUCCAGUCUUUUUGCCUGGCGAAGCGUACCCCUUUCGGUUUGAUCGAUAUCUCCUCAAAAUGAUCAACCCUCAUCUACAUCUUGAUACGCCCCAAUCCCACAUCAUCUUCAUCCGCCCAGGCACCGAACCCCAUACAUUGCCUUUGUCGGGUUCUCUUGGAAUUUCGAACAAGAUUUUCUUAGACCUGACACAUAGCGCACCCAAUAUUACAAUUAGUCUUGUUCGGAUAGUCAACUUCGAUGAUCAUGGCUCAUCUUGCGCACACAUCAAGGGUCGCCGGCGGAAUCCUUUUCGACAUGGAGAGUCCGCGACAAAGCAGUUGAUAGUACCGGCUUACGAAGAGACAGUCCUUGAUUGUGUUCUUUGGUCUGCAUCUGACAAGAUCGCCUCACGUUGGACUACAAGCACGGAAGAUAGCCUGGUAUACUACUUUGAUAUUCCAGUGCCAAACUGCCUCCCUCCAACGAUGAAAACAACUCUCGGUACCGUCUGUUAUGAUCUCAAAGCCACGAUCGAUCUUCCGUUUGGACGGACAGUGAGCAUAUCUAAGCCCCUUGCCGUCCUUUAUCGUCUUAUACCACCUGUCCUUCCCCCUGACAACUAUUUUCGACGGUUUACUGCCUCCCCACUGGUGAUCCAGACUACGAUAGCACAGCAACGACCAAGCAAUGAGACCACCAAAGCGAUGUUUUCUGUGGAACUAGCAACGCGGAAUAUGUUGACACCAGGUGUCCGAGUGGAUGAAACGAAACAUAUAGCCAUCACAGCAAUCAAGUGGAGGGUCGACGAAGUAGCUGUGCACCGCAAUACAGCCCGUGGUGAACUGCAAGCUCUUGCCAACACUAAUACGGCAUCGAGACGCUCAUUGAUAGAGGGAGUGCUUGAUUUCCGUCGCCCAAAAGCUAUAUUCCGGCGCUCCGAUCAGGAUUGCCUGCGUGAUGACCGCUUUCGAGUCGAAUUUGACAUCAAGAUUCCAGAAAGUGCAAAACCAGCAGACGAAAUAUGUGAGAGCUAUUGUGCCAGCGAUGAUCGACAGAGUGGUUGCUCACUGGCCGACGGUCCUGGAAUAGCUGUCAGCCACGAACUAAAGAUCGAGCUUAUAACCCGGGAGGAUACCUUCAGCACCAGAACGAAUAAGUUACUGGUCCGGAAACGCAUCGCCAAGUUGUACGGUGCCACUUAUCCGCUCCGAAUACACAAGCUAGCCGAUGAUGUCGACCUGAUGGAGACAUAUUAUAUCGAUGAGCCCCCCGCAUUUGAUGUGGUCCAACAGAUGCUACCCCCAAAAUAUGAAAUAUAAGUCGAUCUAACAAAUCGAAAGAUUUCUCCAAGCAUUGGAGGGAGCCCGGGACGAUAGGAUCUAGGGAUUGCUUACUCAGCUCAAUGCAACUUUCAAGCAUCCUUAGAGAUGCAUAUGUACACUGCUUCAUUACACUCACACUCUAGCGGAUUUGUUUCUUCCAUCGUGUACAGUACCUGAUUUGGCGUUAUCUUGAUUUGCUUAUCUUCCCACUGAGUUUAGUAAACCUACAUUUUGCAAGCUGAGAAUUGUGUCC